CUUGAGGUUAGACGUGUCUCUUGGCAGAAGAUGAGUGCCGACCACCCUCCUCCGUAUGCUCCGCCUCCCCAGGCCGCAGCCUUCGGCCCCCCCUUGGGAAUCUUCCCCGGCCCCGCCUUCCAGACGGCAGACUCCUCCUACUAUCCCUACGUGACCCCGCCUCCUGGCUACCAGACCACCUAUUAUGGCGGCCCCCCCAGCCCCUACGGGGGCCCCCCCAAGCCCACAGUGUACGUGGUGGAAGAGAACCAGGCGGCCGGCCGAGGCGGCGGAAGGGGCGGAGCUUUGAAGUCGUGCCUGUCGGCGUGCUCCACUCUGCUGUGUUGUUGUUGUCUCUGGGACCUGCUGACCCGGAACAUCUGCUGACCUCUGACCUCUCACGGCAGUAAAGCCCAC